AUGCAGCCAACUAUUGUGUUCAUUCCGGGGGCAUGGCUUGUCCCCCAGUUUUACCAGCCCUUUAUAGACGCUGUGAAGGCAGCAGGGUAUCCGACUUUGACGGCUGAGCUGCUGUCUCUAGACCCUGGCGAUCCGACCGUGGGCAAUUGUGGAACCGAUGCAGCCCUUAUCCGACAGCAUUUGGAUUUCUUAGUGGAGGACGAAGGCCGCGAUGUUGUUCUAGUCAUGCAUUCAUAUGCAAGUAUGCCAGGGGGCGCUGCUGCAUCAGGCCUCUCCAAGUCUCAGAGAUCUCAGGACGGUCAAAAGGGAGGGGUGCUGGGAUUGGUGUGUAUAGCGGCAUUUCUUGUCCCUGAGGGUAUCAGUUGUGCUGGGAUGCAAGGUGGCAAUCUACCCCCGUGGAUCUUAUUGGACCAACCCUCGACCAACCUCAACGUACCAGAUCAGCCGGAAAAGAUCUUCGCUGCCGAUACCAGUGAGGAGAAAGCGCUGGUGAUAGGAAAUGCGAUCAAGCCGCAUGCCAGCCUCGCCUUUUUCUCGCCUCAGCCCUCCCCUGCAUGGACCGAACCCGCGUUUAUCGGGAGGUUGGCGUAUCUUGUGACCUCGGAGGAUUUGGCAGUCUCCAAGGUUGCCCAAUAUGGCAUGAUAUCAGGAACAGGCCAAGAAUGGCAUGUAAGGGAGAUUAUCAGCAGUCAUUGUGCUCCUUUCAUUGACAAGGUUGGGGAAACUGUGGAGAUCUUGAAGGAAUUCAUUCAGCUGUUCGAGAAAGAUAUGACUGGGAUCGACCAGCCUCCUACAUAA